UUAUAACUGAACCGCAUUCUAGUACAAGGGUCAGUACGACGAGAGCAAGCCUAAGAAGGCACCGAAACAGAAAAGCGUGCACGUUCAGUGGUCGGCUACGUUGCGGAGAUCUGUCGUCGCAGGGGAUGAUGAAACGACAAUCAAAUUGCUAGAUUAUGAGAAAGAACCUAAGAAUGAGCGUGAACCUUUGUUGAGAUUAGAAACUAUGGAUGAAAGUCCUGAAGUGAAGCCGGCUAGAGUUGGCAGCCACAAGCAUGCACACAAUAAGGAAGUAACACGAAAGCGAUCGGAUCUUCAUUCUCACUCUGUUGAUCAGCCGUCCACUUCAAAAACACCAGCACCGCCUACAACGCCAACAGCGCGGCCAUCUAAACCCACACUGGAAAAGCAGUUUUCGCGAGAAAGUCAUCGAAGGGGUAGCACUUCUUCGACGAGUCCCCACAGACGAAAAGAUUCUCAGACGAGCGUCGGCGCCGUUGAAAGGCGAAGAACAUCUUCGAGCCCGCGAGCUUCGCUCAAAAAGCAAAAGAGCGUUGAUGUACAGGAAACGCAAGCGGCUUCGCUCAAAAAGCAAAAGAGCAUUGAUGUACAGGAAACGCAAGCGGCUGCUAUUCAGAGGAACAGAUCAUCUCAAGAUUCUCGAAGAUCCGCUGAAGGAGCACCCGACCAUCGCCGCAGUUCUACUACAUCAAAUCAACGGCACCAGACUGUCGCGCAACCACAACCACAGCCUAAUGCUGCAGAAAAACGUAGCGAAGUUCCACACAUCAAACGGGUAUCAAUUUCUGCAACACAUCUAUGA